CAGUGGCCAUGCGAGUUGCGACCAGUAUUUCCUAUUCCGGUGUUUCAGCGUAGCGUUCCCGUGCCCUUUAUACUUCAGUUGUGUCAUUAAAUAAUUUUCACUUUUCGGUGUUCUACUAUUCUAUAGUAUUAUUAUCGCCGUUUGUCGAUCACGGUUGUUUCAUCAUUCAUUGUACACUGAAUCAGUAGCAUCGCGGUUUUUAUCAUCAUGUUGAUUUGUCGGUGUUAUAAUUUUAAACCUGUUUACCCGAUGAAUUAGCUUCAAUGUUUAUUUUGUAUUUUUGUUUGUAUAAAUAAUAAUUGAUAAGUAUGUUGGUUAUACAGAGUAUUCUGUUGCGUUACUGCAAUGACUCAUUGGGAUAUAUGAAGUCUAUUAUUAAUCGUUAUUUAUGCAAUGGUGAAAUGUCUGAUUCGGAGGAAAACAAAAUAAUAGAAAUUAUCAGUCAACAAUCAUGUGCGUGUACACUGGACGAAAAUGGCUUAAAAUUUUGGCCACCAUUAUAUAUGCAAAGAUACAUGGCUAUACAAGAAAUUAUUGAACAUCCUAUUUGGAAAGGUUCAAUAAAAAAAGUUGUUGAUUUUGGUUGUUCUGAGAUUGGUUUAUUUAAAUGUAUAAAACCAAUACCGGGACUCAACAACAUUAUGCUUGUUGAUGUGGAUUUUGAAACAUUGGAUCUAAAUCAGUCUAAAGUUUUACCAACUAAUUAUGAUCAUAUAUCGAUGCAUGAACGUAAAGAGCCUUUGAUAGUAGACAUUUAUAAUGGGAGUAUAGCUGACCAAGAUGACAGGAUGUUAGGCGUUGAUGCCGUUAUAUGUAUUGAAUUAAUUGAACAUUUAUAUUUGGACGUUUUGGAUGCAUUACCCUAUACUGUGUUUGAAUUCAUUAAACCAAAAUUAGCGAUAUUCACUACACCAAAUGUGGAAUUCAAUAUUCUAUUUCCAAAUUUUACAACACAGUUUAGACAUGACGACCACAAAUUUGAAUGGACUAGAAAACAAUUCAAGGAAUGGGCUAAAAAAAUAACUGCCCUUUAUCCAGAGUACGCUGUACAAUUUGAUGGUAUUGGAGCGGGUCCUUCUGGUACAGAAAAUAUUGGCUGUUGUAGUCAAAUGGCUAUUUUUUACAGAAAGGAUAUGACAACAUCUCCUGUUAAACCUAUUGGUUCUACUCCUUACAAAUUGCUGAGACGUGUUGAUUAUCCAUAUGAUAUUGAUGAUGAAAAUCAUUGGAAACAGUCUAUGUAUGUAAAGCUAAGAAAAUUUAUUUCAGAUGUUUCGAGUUGCAAGAAAUAUAUAGUUGGUGAUAAUAUGGAAAUACCGUUAAGUGAUAUUAUGCCAUUUGUAUCAGAUUGCUGUUCAUCUAUAGAUAAACUAGAAGAUGUUAUCAACAAAGUCUAUUUUACUACAAAAAAUAAUCAUGGAGAUUGGUUACUAAUAAAAGCUGUGCCUGGAUUCAGUUCUGAUGAAUAUGAAUCAGAUUCAGAGUCUUCUUCAAACAAUAGCGGACAGGAGUACAAUUUAUUGGAAAAUACAGUAAACAUUGAUAAUGAUAAUGAGGAUUGGAAUGUAUCAACAGUGAUCAGUUCUGACAAAUCAAAACUAUGCUAUUCUACUCCAAUGACUAAAAAUUCAGAAUUCAAAUCAUUUUUUAGUAAUGUGGAUAGCUUCAACACAGUGCAUUCAAAUUCAGAUUUAUAUAAAACAGCAGUUGAUUACAAUAAGAGUGAAGAUACUGAAGAUAUGGAAAUCUCUUCUAGUUGCAAUGGUAGUAUUAUUGUUGAAGACUGUAAAGUUUAUCAGGAUUUCAGAAAAGGUCGUAAUAGUUCUGUAAUUAAUGAAGAAGAUAUCAAUGAAACAGAAAAUACAUUGACAUGUGUUAUAAAAAGUCAUGAAUUUUCCAAUGAUGACAAUAAACUAAACGGCAACACAGUCAACGAUAACACUAUUAUUCAAAAUAAUAGUAAUAUAUCUUUAAAAAUAAAUUGUAAUUCUGAUACUCAUAAACUUGAAUCAAAUAAUUCUGAUGAAGAAAUUGAUGACCAACUAACAGUAUGCUUCAAUAGAACAUUGUUAGAUGAAAAUGAUUAUACAGAAAACUUGUUGCUUACUUCAGAUAAAGAAUUGUCAAAAAAAUGAAAAUACAAUUCAAAAUUUAAAUUAUUUUAAUAAAUUAAUAAUUUAUAAUACAACAUAAUCUUAAUCAAAUGCUACAACACUUAAUCAUUGUUACAGCAUGAUUUUGUUUAUCAUUUAAUAGACAUGAUGAACAGUUUUUUUUAUUUUAUAAAUUGUGAUGAUUAAGUAUUUAAAUUAUUAAAUUUUUAAUGUUAUGUGUAAACGACUUACUGCAAACACAAGACUGCUUUUAAUUUAAUAGUUAUGAAAUUUUAAAUAAGUGGAGGGUAAUAAUAUGUGUUCCUUUUAUUUUAAAUAUUUUACACCCGUUUUAAAGAAAAUGAGCUUAAUU